AUGGCAAGAGACAUGACAGCAGAUGGCCUCACGGCAGGUUUAAAAGCUGAUGUUCAAAUCGACAUUCAAAGCAUUCCAUCAGUCAGGUUCUUGGACGAAAACAAUGUGGCCAUUCCAGAGGGGGUAUCCAGCGAAGCAUUAGUGAAAUCAUCCACUAACAGCCUGCCUUCCUUCCUCCCUAACCCUAAGGGGUUAGCACCGUCAGCAGCCUCAUCUCAGUUGACUCCAUCUUCGUCGUCGUCGUCAUCGCAGCCGUCUACAUCGAUGGAUGGAGAAUCUCCACCAGUUUCGAAUGAUGUUGAACAGUUUGAUGUCACGGGAUAUUUUUUCUGGUGUCCAGCAAGAAGCAUCGAUGAAUGUUUGCUGAGCUCAGCUGAAAAUGAGGACGUGUUGAAAACUUUGAAGGACCACAUCAUAUUGUGCUGGUCUCAUCAGUCUCAGGGUUCGCUUCGUAGCUUCAUCCUUCCCUUGAGGUCAAGUUCUUUGACGAGCUCAGAACUGCAUACGUUAGUGAUUGUAACAGAAUCGGCAGAUUUCUUAGAACAAGAGUGGCACUCGAUUUGCAACUUUCCAAAGUUGUACGUCAAAAUUGGCUCUCCGCUUUGUAGAGGCGUUUUAAGAAGUAUCAACAUCGAGAAGUGCCACAUGUGUGUCGUACACUCGGUUCAGACAAGCACAGCCAGCUCCAUUUUUGCCGAUGUUUCAUCAGUGGAAGACAAUAACUUUUCAGCAUUUCAGGAUGACAGCAAGGCUCUGCUGAUAACGUUGAACAUAAAGAACAUGUCGUACAGAGAUAUUUUCAACAAAUACACUAGUGUCACGUUUGACAUGUUCAAUGCCAUGCUCGAUGAAGGAUACAAAUCCGACUCAAUUUUGAAUUCAGAAAGGGAAAAUGCAUUGGAUGCUGGCUCGUCAACAUCCAUACCUUUGCUUACAGAACUAACAAAUGACGAGAACGUGCAGUUCAUAGACCAGGACGAUGACGACGACCCAGACACUCCAUUCCACCUCACUCAACCAUUUGCAUGUGGGAGAGCAUUUGCAGCCAGGAUGAUCUUCAACCCGGAGACCUACGACCUGAUACGUUUGUUCGUGACCGGCACAGACACCGAGGAACAUGAUCAUCUGAUGGCUGAAGGAUUCACUGAACAGAGUUGCCAGAUGUCUGCCGAACAACUGAAGACCAUUAGAAAUCGAUCUCGAUUGAGCUUGCUGCCCGUUGACCGCGGGAUCUUGAGGAAUUAUCUUCAGGAGACGUUCGAAUACAUGUUCACAAACUCCCUCUUCAACCACGGCAUCCUCUGCAUCGGUAUAUACCGACUGAUCAGCAUUACCGACCCGAACAAUCGGUUCAUCAUUGCCAACCCACCCCCAGACAUGCAGCUCAAAAAUUUAUUGUCUGUGCCCUCAUGCAGUCUGCGCAUAGAAUGCGUUCAGAGAAGAACUGAACCAACGACCAACAUAUCUAUUGAUACAUUGUACAUUUGUCUGGCGUUGCACGCUCUUGACUACUUGCUACAGAACAUGUGCUGA